AUGCCGAAGGCAAAGCCAAAGAAAAACCGGAUGAAGCUCGAGGCUGUGCAAGCCGCACUUGUUCAAGGCGUCACACAAGAGCUUGCUGUAUCAUUGGUGCGCACCUCACAACGCUGGAACGGUGGGUGA